AUGGGUCCAUACAUCAAGCAUGUGCUUUGCCAAGGUCUUGGACUUCCUUUAGACUGUGCCUUGAAGUCUGUUCCUCUGCCAGACUUUGGGGGCGGUCAUCCUGACCCCAACUUGACCUAUGCCGCCGAUUUAGUAGAUCAGGUACGCAAAGAUGCUUCGAUUGGUCUUGCUGCGGCAUUUGAUGGAGAUGGGGACCGCAAUAUGUUGAUCGGUCGACAAGGGUUUUUUGUUUCUCCUUGUGACUCACUUGCUGUUAUUGCCAGCCACACAAACGAUAUUCCCUACUUUCGCGUGAACGGGGUAUCUGGUCUAGCCCGAAGCAUGCCCACGAGUCGCGCACUCGACAAGUAUGUAAAUUGA